AUGCUCCCAAUUAGAAGAACAAUUAGAAUGCGCUCUCGUCCAUAUAGCUAUCGUCCAUCCCUUGCUCUCAACUGGAAACACGCGCUAUAUCCGGGCCUACCGCGGCAGCUUACUGCUACUCCGGUCCUUACAUUGACACAGCAUGGCUCAACACUGGCAACCAAACACGACCACAACUUAUUCAAAUACACGUUCGGUCGAUAUCUCUACAAUGAACAUCUUAGGCUCGCCGAGAGAUAUGUCGAAUUCAAUGUCAACGCCUUGAAAGAUGCCGCUGCUCGAGCUGUUGGCCGUGACUCGACCGCCAGCAUCACAAAGCUCGCAGAGGGUGGUUUCAACAGAGUCUUUCUACUUACCAUGAAUGACGGAUUCGAAGUCAUUGUGAAGAUACCAUACUUGCUAGCCGUACCACAGAAGCUCACUACAGAAAGUGAGGUUGCUACUUUGGAUUUUUUGCGUGGAAACGGCAUACCUGUUCCCAAGGUAUAUGCUUGGUCGUCUGAUAGAGAUAAUAAAGUCGGAACCGAGUAUAUCAUCAUGGAAAAAGCGUCUGGCAAACCAUUGGCUGAUCGAUGGUUUGAUAUCACGCCCAAGGAAAUGCUGAAGCUGGUGACGAGCUAUGUGGAUAUCGAGAAGAAACUUUUCUCUCUUCCCUUUGCAGCUCAUGGAAGCUUGUAUUAUAAGGACUCGCUUCCCCAGAGUCUCAGAUCUGAUAUCUAUGCACCAGGACAGCCGGGAGAUGACAGAUUCUGUAUCGGACCCAUUACCGAUUACAUGUUCUGGCGUGGAAGACGGGCAAGCUUCGAUCUAAAUCGAGGUCCCUGGCGAGAUCAUUGUCAGUAUCUGCAAAGUAUCGGCCAACGGGAGCUCGAAUGGACCCAAAAGUAUGGCAACCCAAUGAUGAAUGAUUUCCCUCACAAUUCCCUAGAAGGCAUACCACGAGAGAUAUCGCAUACUGUCUACAUCGACUUGCUUAGAAAGUAUCUAUUGUUGGCUCCAUACAUAUUGCCGCAAGAUCCCACAGACCCCAUGAACAAGCCGACUCUACGACAUCCCGACCUUAACCCUAGCAACAUAUUUGUUUCCGAAGAAGGUGAAAUAACCUGUAUCAUUGACUGGCAGUAUACCACUGUUCUGCCACUCCUUCUGAUGGCAGGGAAUCCACCAAUGUUUGAUAACCCAGACUCCGAGCCUCCAAAGGACCUGAAGCAGCCAUCUCUGCCUCCAGACUAUGAUACUCUAAGCGCAGAAGAAAAGGAAUAUGCCGACGAGCUCCACAGACGAAGGAUGCUUUUCUGGCUAUACAUGGUAUUCAACGGAAGGGACAACAAACCUCACCUCGCAGCCCUUCGGUAUCCACUACUGAUGCAACGACAGCACCUAGCCGAUAGAGCAGGACGCCCAUGGUCAGGGGACUUUAUCACUUUGAAAGGUGCAAUCCUCAGGAUAGUCUUCAACUGGGGUAUAAUCCUAGGUAACAGAGCUGGAACCAUCAAAUGUCCUGUCCAGUUCAGUAAGAAGGAGGAAGAAGAGUUCUAUGCUAUCGAAGAGCAAUGGUUCCAAUUCAACAUUCUAACAGAACAUUUACGCUCGAGGCUAGAUAAUCUCAGCGAGGAUGGUUGGGUGAGGAAUGGAUCGUACAACAAAGUGGUUGCCAUGAACAAGGAGUUCAAGGAAGAAUGGUUGGCUAGAGGCGAGGAUGACGAUGACCAGUUCCUCGUUGAGAAGGGCUGGCCAUUCCAGGAUCAUGAGGAGGUCGACUAA